AGGAGGAGGAAACCCCCGAAAAUUCCGCACAUCUCUCCGCCACGCGCGGCUGCAGCUCUCGUCCUCCUCUCGAGUCCUGUCGUUUGUAUCACUCUGCGCGCCCCCACGCGCCGCAGCAAGUGCCUUCUUGCCCCUGCCCUUUCCUCUGCGCGUCCUCCCUCCGCGUCUUUUACUUCAGAGCCCCCUGGGCGCUGCACCAGGUGCUGCCGCACUCGCGCCGCACCAACACGCGUGCCCCUAAAAUGGCGUGCGGGCAGCCCUUUCCGCGAACCGUGAGCCUGCACCAGCCUCCCAGCAGGCCGCGACUCCGCCGAGCCUCCAGCGGCUCGCCCCCCAAAGACGGUCUGCCUCCACCUUUGGCUGGCGCGCGACCGCCCGCCGGGCGCGGGGCUGCUCGGUCGGGCGUUACGUCUGCGGAGGCCGACUGCGAGAGGUGU